UGGCGGCCCCUCCCGGUUUCUUCCCCGUGGGGCAGCAGAGGCUAGACUCUGUCCCGGCAGGGUGUGCAGACAGGCCUGGGCUUUGGCAGCAUGAGGCGAAGGGCGAGGAGUCUGAGGGGCAGGGACGGGCCGGUCCCCACGCAGUGCCUGCAGACCCAGUGCUUCGACUUGCUGGUGCGCAACUGCGUGGCCUGCAGCCUCCUCCGCACGCCCGAUCCUGGACCGGCAGGCGGCCCGAGCAGCCUGGCUCCCGGGACGGCGCUGCAGCCGCAGGAGUCGGUGGGGCCCGGGGCCGCCGAGGCCGAGGCCGCGCUGCCGCUCCCGGCGCUGCUCCUGGGCGCCCCCGCGCUGCUGGGCCUGGCGCUGGCCCUGGUCCUGCUGGGCCUGGUGAGCUGGAGGCGCCGCAGGCAACGGCCCCGCGCCUCGGCUGCCCCGGAGGCCCCGGAAGCCCUGGACGGAGACCAGGACGGGCCCCUGGAUAAUGACAUCGUCCCCUCUCCUGGAACCCUGGAUGCCACUGCUCCCAUCUGGCUUCCACCCAGCGAAGACCCAGCCACCACCCCACCUGCCCACAGCGUCCCUGUGCCAGCCACGGAGCUGGGUUCCACUGAGCUGGUGACCACCAAGACGGCCGGCCCUGAGCAGCAGUAGCGAUGGAGGGGACAGGAGGCUGCCCUCAGGCAGAGGCUUGGAGGUUGAAUUCGGCUCCUCUCCCCUCGUCCCACCUGCUUCUUUACUGAGAGUCAAGCUGCUCCCGGGCUCAUCCUGCAGAACUAUAGGCACUGCAGACACAGGGUUCGGACUACAUAGGAUCCUAUGGCGUGUUCACAUUUGGCUUAAAAUCAGACUAUCUUUGGCAGCCCUCAAAGCCUGAGCUAUGUGCCUUUGAGGGGUUGGGCACCCUGAGUAGGCGUUUUUCUUUAAGCAUGGGGAAGCCACCAUCAGCCAAAAUGAGUCUAGCUAGGAGAAGGAUCAAGUGGGAGGAUGCCGAAUUUGUGGCUGUAUGUUGUAUUUCUUUAAUACUUGCUCUCAGAGUCGUUCUGCUUUUAAACUGAUGCCAAUGACAGCAAUGAGUAACCAACUGACCCUUUGGGAUUUCGCACAAGGUAAUUCUAAGAAAUAGCCUGGAUUGUCCUGAUUCUUUGGUACCUGUACCCUAGGGUCAGCCCUGAGUUUGACCCAACCUGCUAGAACUUACGAUGCCAACUUUACCCUGGUGGCCGCUUCCAGAACCCCAGGCUCACACUUGGGAGGAAGUCUACAGCUUCUGGGGCUGGACUGCAAAUUCACACCGAAGGUACCCUGGCAGGCCUCUCCAUCAGAGACCACCUGGAGUCCUAGCCGCCUCUAGAGCACUCUGAGCUGUACACAGGGCAGGGCCCAAGACCUGCAGGAGGCUCUUUUGUUCAGAGGCCAGGGCAGGCCUGUAGCCUUGAACCAGCUGGACCUGAUAUCCCUUGAGCUCCCUUCUGUGGCCUGUCCUCCUCAAGUGCUCAGGUCACUUGGCCAUUCUGUGCCAGCUCCCUGCAGUCACCCAUCAUCCCAGUGGAACUGUUCCUCGGACACUGGUGCCCCUUGCCCUGGAGAGUGGAGCUGAGACCAUCUCUUCCAGUUCUGGACCACACUGUGAACUCAGCUGGCCACUGACUCUCCUGCUGGCCCUCCUACACAGAGUUAGAAACAGUUGACCCGGACUUCACCCUGGACAGUGCCAUGGAACUUGUCACAGUUUAGCACCCCCGGAAGGGGCACUGGACGGGGAGUCAGAAGAUGGGACCCUGGGUACCAGUUUGUUCCACUUGUAGGUCCUUGACCCUGUUCUGUUCUGCGCAUCCGAUGCUUUCUGCCCGCCUCUCCCUGACCUGCCUAUCAGAGCUGCCCAGCAGAUACCCACCUUGCCUGCCCACCCCUUUCCCAGCUCAGAAGAGUCAGCAGUCAGCAGCAUUUGCAGCCUCGAGGACCACCUCUCCCUCCUGAACCCGGCUCAGAUGUCCCCCGCUCCCUGGCUGCCAGGUGGCUGGGGUGAGGUCAGGGUGGGCGCAACGGGCAGGACAGUGGGAGGCAGGCCCAGAAUGGGCCCAUCUUUCCCCUUCUCUCCAUCUCAGGGUUGGGGAGGAGUCUGAGUUGUUCCCAGCCAUGCCUGUCUCCCACCCCAUCUUUUCCACCGCAGCUGGGGGUGGGGGCGCCUGGAGGUGAAACAAGUGGGUGAAACCCCCCUGGGGCCCAGACAUGCAAACCUCGGGCACCACUGUGUGCCCACUGAACCCCUGGUCUGGUCUCAGUUUCCUUUUAAGAAAAAUGGGGGGAGGGGGAUACAAAGCUCUCCUCCUGGCCCGUGGCUCUCCCAGAAGGACUGGGAGGGAACUCGAGAGAGCACACACUCCCCCUCCAUUUUGCAGAUGAGAAAACUGAGGCCCAGAGAGGGGGCCUCAUCCAGCAAAUCGCAGAGGGCAGUUCCCUGGGGAGGAACCAGGAGCAGAGGCCAGGGGAUGGGUGGACAAGAAUGGGGUCCGUCUCCCCUAAAAAAGCCCCACCUCCCAGAGGCCUCCAUUUUCUAGCCCUCCAUCCUGGCCUUGCUUUCUAAAGAAUCUUCUGGAAGUGAAUGUAUUUGGUCUUCACAACAGGAGGAGGGGAGUGGGUACUUGUGUUUGCUUUUUUAAAAAAUGACUUUUAUUAAAAGAACAAAAAGUUGA